AUGAAUACCUUUAGUGCCAGCAUCUUGCAGCAACUUGCUGGUGUCACCCGCGAGCAGCUCGACGGUGCCUUGCCUCCGGCGCAGGCCACUGUUGGGCCCCCUGAGCUUCCGUUUGCACCUGUGCCCGAUCUUGGGGAUGCCUUUCCUGCAAAUCCAUCUCCUGCAUCUGCUUCUGCGGAUAACUGGGGGUUUGUAGGAUUUACUGGUGACUUCGAAGGGUUUACCGAUGACCUCGCAGUGCCUGUCUCUGAAGUCGAAGUCCAGCAGCAAACUCACGAGUUUCCACCUUCCCCUCCCGUAGGGUUUAACCCCAAUCACUUCGAGGCCCAUUUAGCAUCCCUCUGCGAGCCAGAUGAGCAAGCCCCUUCCCUCUCCCUUUUAGGGUCGGGAGAUGAAAACACUGCUUGGUAUGAAGAUGUUAGGGCCAUGAGUGAGUCACAUUUUUCAUUGGUGCCAAGUGCCAGCAAAAGAGACUUUGGAGAAGAGGUCCGUCCAGGUAGGAUUGCUCGUGCUGUGGGCGAUGAGCGCUCACGUACUGCCGUGGCAUUUCCUGCCCUGCCUUGGGAGAGAGGAGUCUUCAGAGCCAUCUUUGGGGAUGAGGGCUUGACUAAUCCCUUUGAUAACCUUGUGCUCAAGAUGCCUGGCCCCUUAGUCCCAGCACAUGUGCCGCCGGCUGAGCCAAAGAUCCCUGAGCCUCCCAUACCUUCAGCUGACAUCGCGAGCAGGGCAUUCAAAUCCUUCAAGGAUGUACAUCCGAGCGACGAGCGUGAUAUGGUCAUGGACCGAGCGGUGUGCAAACUGCAGCACAUCAUUUGCCGCACCGAUGUUGACCGUUUGUCACCUGAACUUGCACAAGCAGCCUCUUCCAAAGAUGCAACAGACGAAGUGUUUGGCAUUGUGUCAGCUUGUGUAGGUCUUCGUAGUCCUCACACGGUUGUGAAGCGCGCCAACGCGAUCCUUGCAUACUUGAGAUGGUGUGACAAGGAAGGUUACGAGAAGCCAUUUUGUGAGGAUUCUGUGUGGAGCUUCAUUUCCUACUUAAAGAAAGAGAAGGCAGCUCCUACCCGUGCAGCCUCCCUCAUUUCAGCUUUGCGCUUUGCGAACUUCGUUUUAGGGCUGAGUGUGUCCGAGGUUCUUGCGAGCCGUAGGAUUCUGGGCCUCAGUGCCCAGCUGGGUGUCAAAAAGAAAGCGACCAACCGAGCCCGGCCUUUCAAAGUGUCAGAGGUUCGCUUCAUGCAUGGCGUGCUAGAGGACGAGAGUGCACCAAUCUGGGACCGAGCCAUCUGUGCCUACCUUCUUCUUGCACUCUACGCAAGAGCCAGACACAGUGAUCUGGUUCUUGUAGAAGAAGUGAUUGCAGACUUUGAUCGCCAGUGCAGCGGAUACCUAGAGAUCCGCCUCAGAUUCCAUAAGACGGCACAAACCAUUGCAAAGAAAAAUGAUUUGUUGCCGGUUAUAGUUUCAAGCAAGGGCAUCGUGAAAGGCGACUGGCUGGGGUUGGCUACUGAUGUAUUUGAGCGUGUGGGCCUCACCUUGGAUGGGACUGUCGGUGCGGGCCUCUUCAGGCCAUUUAGGCCCGGUGAUACUGCCCCAGGUCGACGAAGCCUAAGGUCGUCGGAGUGCACAACCAUGUUGAAAAUGGUCCUUGAGCGGGCCGGGUCAGAUGUGUCAAUGGUCACCUCUCACUCGUUGAAGAGAACCCUGCUUGAUUGGGGCUCCAAGUUUUGUCUUGAUGACGGGAUUUUGGCUUUGCUUGGGCGUCACAGUAAGUGUGUCAAAGGAAGCGUGCCCGUCUAUGCUAAGGAGGAAGCCUUGAAAGCUGUUAGGGCUCUUGAGCCUAUGUGCCAAGCAGUGGCCGCGGGAUCGUUCCACCCAGAUGCUGCCCGAGCCUUGUACUUUACGGAUCCCCCAGCGCCAACUGUGGUGUCACAAGCGCCCGAGUUCAGGGCGGCUGUCAAGGCGAAGGUUGAAAUCAUCAAUGAUUCAGCGUCCGAGCGGGCUGAGUCAGAGGGGCAGCACUCUUCAAGUGGCAGCGAAAGCAGCGAUUCCGAGUCACAAGAUGACUCCGACUCGUCGUCCGAGUCAAUUGCGCCGAUCAAAGCGCCCCGCCUGGAAAUCGAGCAGUGGGAUGCCGCUGACUGUGCGGCCAAUUCCAGGACCAGGACCCUUCACCUCUUGAAAUUUGUGUCUGGAGGUGGAAAUCUAAUCGCCACGUGCGGAAGGACCUCAGAGGUCAUGGUUCAAGCGGCGCAAGCACAUAUGCGUUUCCGGAGGUACCUCGAAGUUUUGACGUGCACAGUGGACUGUCCGAAGCUCCUUUUGCUCGCCAUGUCCUCGUUAAUCGAUAGCGGUGCACACUUUAAAAGGCGUGCGGAUGAGGUCGGCCUCAGCAGUGCCGGGUGGACGAUCCUUCAGGCCCUUGGCAUUACCUCUGUAGGUAAGGCGGCGUACACCAUCACGUCGCCAGGUGAGCCAGUCACAGAACCCAUAUUCCGAGAUUGGGUUGCCGACAAUGCCGCAGGUAUGACUCUGGGUGAUCAAUCAUGCUUGAAAAGGCUCGUGUCCGAGUCCCAGACUCUGGUCCCAAUCGUCUGCAUCACGCUGGAGGGCGUGAACAUGCCAAGCAAUGCCCUGUUGGAUUCAUGUUGUCAGCAAGAGCGAGACAACUUGCUUAAGUACAUCCCGCCUGAGAAGGCGCUGCAGGUCGAAGCAUCCAAGAUAGUUCUCAAGAGUGACGCUGAUGCCGUUGAGUAUCAACCGGUCAAUGCGCUCCAGACCAUGGAGGCCCUUCGGCGACGAGGUUUGGCCAUGGUGUUUGCACAGAUGAUUUCAUAUGAUGCCUACGAUCGGUAUGUGAAUCGUCUCUUUAACCACCUGUCCCGUGACCCGCCGCCAGGGCUCAAUCGCGUGAAUGUGACACAAUUGGUUAACGCUGACAAGCAGGUGUUUGCACUGCUGGCCGAAUGGGGUGUCAAACCAAGGAGGGAUACCGCAGGCGAGUAUCCCCUUGACCGAGAGAUGCACCGUGCUUUGGAAUCCUACGAGGUAUCCAUUGCCCUCAUGCACCAGGCUCCCCAAGGGAAGUUCCCGUUCAAGAUUAACCGCAAGCGUCAUCCCUCUCGGCCUUCAACCCCCGAUCCUCCUACGAAGCUCCCUAAAGGCAAAGGCCGAGGCAAAGGUGCCAAGGGUGGUCCUGCGAUGCCCAAGGAGCUUGUUGACCUGAAGGCCAAUGCCACCACGCCUGAGGGUAAGAGCAUUUGUUAUGCGUUCAACUUGAAGGAGUGCAAGCGCACCGACUGCCCUCAUCAGCAUGUUUGUGCCAGGUGUUUCCAGCCGCACUCGAUCCGCAAGUGUGCCGCCGCCGGUCUCAACAACCAUUUGGGUUUCCCCAAUGCUUUGAUUCCGCUUAGUCAGUUUGAGGCCGGUGGCCUUUGGAUCGAGGGAGCUGGUGAAGAGGUUUGUCCUGACCCCGGGCAUCCCGAUGCCAAGGGACAUGUUCUGCAACUGCAUGAGCCGAUCCAGUUCGAUGCGCACAGGCUGCAUGCGACCUGCCCGUGGACAGGAAAUCGCACUGUGCUAGCAGCUUUCGUAAUCAAUGAUUUCCACAAGUUGGAUGCUCAGCACCGCCAGCUUCUUCAGCACACUGCUUUUCGCUUGCCAAACCUGUCUACUGGCGAGCUCCUGCCUUUGCGCCCAAGCAUCGCUUCACGGUUCCCAGUGGUCCUUGAAAUUUUUGCGGGUACAGCUCGUGUGACCGCAGCCUUGCGUCGCUGUGGCUUUGUCGGGGCCCAAGGUGUUGAUCACGUGGUCGUGGAUCAUGCUGCCUGUCCUGUGCUGUUGGCCGAUCUGACUACGCAAGAGGGCCAGCGUUUGACCAUGAUGUGGCUUUCCAGCCCUCAUGUUAUCGGUGUCUUCAUCGCUCCACCGUGUGGCACAAGCUCUCGCCCUGACUCCUGGAUGGAUAUUGACAGUGCUCAGGGCGUGAGGCAAGGCUGUAUGCUUGCCCCAUGCCUGUGGCUAUUGUUCGUCGCAUACCUCUUCCAUCACCUGGACACGACAAUGGGAGGAGCAGAUUCAUGGACAUGCCAGCACUCCACUGCCUUCGCCGAUGAUCUUCACUUCAAGUGGGAUCUUGACGAUCCCAAAGCCCUGGAUCGGAUGAAGAUGGAGGUCGCCACGGUACUCUCAGUGCUCAAGUCCUUUGGUCUUCAGAUCAGCGCAGAAAAAUCCACCAUGUUGAUCGAGAUCCGAGGAACAGCAGCCGAUGUUUGGUUGUCCAAGAACGUCUACAAAGAUGCUGAGAACAACAAACACUUUCGUUAUGACACGUUUGCCAAGCUCUCUAUCCCGCUUGGUACCCAAUUCAAGUAUCUUGGGGUCAUAUUAUCCUAUCGCAACUACGAGCUGGCCAGUGUCAAACAUCGUGUACAACAGGCUGCCAUCCACCAUUCCCGUCUUCGUCGCAUUCUGCAAGGACGCGGGGGCAUCAGCCGGCAUCAACGACUUCGACUAUGGCGCAUCUGCAUUCAGACAAGCCAGCUCUACGGACUCGAGGCCACAGGUGUCACUGAGGAAUUGUUGGACAGUCUCAAAAUGGCAUCGGUCAGGCAGAUGCUAUCUCAACGACUUCAGUCGGCAAAUACCCGUCUUUGCUCCAACACUGAUCUGCCAUGCUACGACAAAGACAAUAUUCUGCGACGUAUUCAGGCCUUACAACCAGGUAUUGACCAACCGAUCUGCACACAGCGGGUCUCUACCGCCUCGACUGCACCUGUACAGCAGACUCAGCAUGAUGUUAUGCCGCAGGAGCAGAAAGUGCGACUCCAGGAACUACCCGCUGACACCAAGCAAUUUCGAUGUCAGGUAUGCGGUCAGUCUUUUCCGUCUUUACAUUUGGUGAAGACCCAUGAAGGAAAAGCCCAUAAGAUCUUGGCGCCGAAACGGGAGCUGCCCCAGGAUCGCUCCGUCUACUCCAUAAACGGACCCCCGCAAUGCCGUUUUUGUGGCUACAAAUUCACGAAAUGGAGUGGCCUCCAAAGACACAUACAGCGGAACGGCUGCCCGAUUCUUCGCCAUGAAGAUCCCGCCACCUUUGCCACAUCCGCGCCCGCAACUACAAACAAGGCUGAAGAUCCUCUUCGUACUACACAACAUGCAUGGGUGGCCGACUCGACCAUUGCCACCACUAUGCCUUCAACUGGAGAUCAACCUUUGGUCCAGGAUGCGCAGCUACAGCAGGAUGCCAGCAAGUACACGUGGACCAAGGUGCUUCACAUGUGGCGUACAAAACAUGACUUCACGAAUGUGUGUGUGUUCUGUGGUCAAUGGGCAGUGGACGCCAGUGCUCUCAAACAGCAUUAUGCCAAGCAGCAUCAGGCACUCACCAAUCCGUGGAUCGCAGCAUAUCGGGCCGAGUGUAAGCAGCUAGCUAAAGUUGCCGUUUCUAAGUGCCGCUUCUGUGGUACCACCACCACGGUCGAAAUGGAGGACAUGCAGGACUUCGAUGCCGAAAGCCAGAUCCAGAGCCUCCUCGGGGGCCUCUCCUCAGUAGUGGACCUCAAACCACUUCUGAAUCCAACGCCAACACCGGCGCGCAAUCAGUCCCAUCUGACCAACAAGCGUCCGAGGGCGGAACAGUGGACUCGAGGCACCGGGAGCAAGGGCGGCGGCAAGGGCAAAGGAGUGGCCUCCAACGGUACUUUAUCACAGGAGGAUCUUCAACAGCUCCUCAGACAGAUCGUCAUCCUUCUCCUACGCCAAGGCGACCAACUCAAUCGGCUACAGACGGAUACAGGAUACUAUUUGGUCUUUCAAGUCCCGGGCGAUGCCACCAUGGUACCAGUUCUGAUUGCGGGAGCGCUCGAAUGGCGCAAUCAGAAGAAGGCCGACCCGACCAAGCUCACCAUGUCUCUCCGCAUAGCCCUCAUCGGACUCUUCCUCAAGGAGCUUCAGAUGCGUCUGGAAAAGAUCCGGGCCAACGACCAACUUCAGGAGAAGCUCAAGGAGCAAGGCCUGAUGACGGACGAAGGUGCUUGGACAUAUCGCCAAUGGUGUCCCAAGAACAAAGCACUUCAGCUACAGCUCAGCCGGGAUCCGAUCAAGUGGGACGUCCUGAUGACACACAUCACGAAUGCUCUACAGGGACUGAACAAUCAGGACCACAUCACACGUUUUCAGGCGACCAAAGCCUUGGAAGAAGGACAGAUGGGUCCCACCCUUCCAUUCCUUCUGGACAUCUCGCUCAAGCCGAGUGCGUGCCGUCUACACCAGAGUAUGAGGGCAUUGGUGGACUGCUCGGCCAUGGAAGCAGUCGGCGCACGUAUUCGACCCCAGCGAGCCAAGCGAUCUCAGCUCCAGGAUCAGCUCCAGGAGUGGCUGCGAGGCAGGUUCUAUCAUGUCGGUUGCACAAUCCACACAAUAUCUGUUAUGCCAACUCUUUCUUCAUGGCACUUGCAUGGCUAUUUGGUGAGGUCUCGAUCUCUGAACAUGCCCAGGCUCUAUUUCAGAUCUUGUGUUUUAUCUGCCAGCAUGGUCUCAAAAUUGCUGUGUCUGCCUGAUCACACGGCUUUUCAAGCAUUGAUUCAGGAAUGGCCACAUUUUGACCGGCAGCAGGAUGUGGCAGAGUUUGCGCAACAUGUCCUCGAUCGUACAUGGCCGGUUCAGAAUGUGCUUCCAAUGAGUACUUGGCAGUCUCGUGACGAAUCAGGAUUCUCAACCGAUGAAGGUCACUACAGAACGCUGCUGAUUCACUGGGAGUCCACCCAGGAAGAUCCCCAGUUGUAUUACACAGAUGAUUCCUGUAUGGCGCGUCGCCCCACAAAUGCACAACUCCGUGUGUUGAUGACUGAAGUCUACCUGAUCUUCCUGGAGUGCGUGGGGUAUGUCAGCUCACUGUAG